AUGGUUUCCUCGUCCUUUGUGACUUUGGUGUUCCUCGUCUGCCUGCAAACGGUUCUACUCUCCACUGUGAGCAACUGCGCGAAGACGAUCAGCAUAUACUGGAACACCACCAACUCCAUAUUUCGAAUAGACAACACUGACCACAUAAUAGACGUGAAUAAGAACAACGCGGCGUUCGAGUACGAUCAGGUGAACAUAAUAUGUCCUGUGUACCAAGUGGGGACGCCGGACAACAAGACGGAGCAGUAUAUUAUUUACAACGUGUCCAAGGAGGAGUACGAAACAUGUCGGAUAACGAAUCCGAAUCCGCGGUUUAUAGCGGUUUGCAACAACCCCAACAAGACGAUGUACUUCACGAUCACCUUCAGGCCGUUUACACCUCAACCCGGAGGCCUAGAGUUCCUUCCAGGACACGAUUACUACUUCAUCAGCACCUCGUCCAAGGACGACCUUUACAAGCGCAUCGGUGGAAGGUGCUCCAGCAACAACAUGAAGGUCGUUUUCAAGGUUUGCUGCGGCAAUGAGACUGAUAGCUCCUCGUCCUCUGCGACAUCGCGCAACAAUUCCGUAGCCGUGACCAGCAGCACCGUGCCGAGCAGCAGCUCGACCAGCACCGCAGUUUUGAGUGGAGUGCCACCCCCGCCACCACCGAGCGUCCUCAAGGGCGGAGAUCGAUUCUACCCAGGGGGCAGCAUUCAUCAUCAUCACGAUCAUCAUCAACCGGCCACGGCGGCGCCGACCCUGCCCCACGUGCCCCCUCCGGCUGUCUACCCCGUGCAUCCGCAUCAGCCUCCGAUUCACAAUGGACCGCCGUCUUCCUUGCCGCCCAAGACCUCGAUCGGCCAGAAGAAGAAGAACAAGGAAUAUUCAGACCACCCGAACGAAGUGGUGAAGAACGAAGAAUUGACCUACAACGGGGCGAGUUCCAGCCGGGUUGAGAAUCGGUACAGCCAGCUGUUGAUGAUGCUGACUGGAAGCUUACUGAUCAGCACGAUCCUGCCGCAGUUAUUGCGGUGAAGCGACGGCACUACCGACGAGAACGUAUACCCCAUACGUCGAAACCCCUUUUUCUGUGAUUAUCCUACGUUUAAUUAAUUUCUUGAGGCACGCGCUUAACCCCGCGCUGCCGCCCCUCGAUCGUGAAAAUAAAACGCGCACCACUAUAUGGUCGGACUGCCUCGAGAGAGAGAGAACGAGAAAGCUUAAUCGGAAGGAAAAAUAGAAGGCGAAAGAAAAAGAAAUAAAUAAA